ACCAACUGCCUUCCCAUUAUUAUACGACUGAAAAACAAAGACUUUCACCAACGCUGGUUAAACUCUUCAGCUUUUGCAAAACAGUCUGCAUUUCUUUUCCUCUACUUCAAAUUCCUACUCUUUGAUUUUCUAUCUACUUCCAUUCUUCUUAUAAUUCCUUCCUCAAAUUUAUCUAUUUCAUCAUGUCUUUCAUUGGAGAGGCCGCUCUAUCUGCGUUCUUUGAGGCGCUGUUUGGCAAGUUUGCCUCUUCCGAGUUCCAGUUUGUCACCGAGAAGCGGGUUCGAAAGGAGAUUAUGAACUGGGAAACUAUGCUGAGGAACAUCCAUGCGGCGCUAGCUGAUGCAGAGGGGAAGCAACUGCAGAACCAGGCUGUGAAGAUUUGGUUGGCUGACCUCCAAGACUUGGCUUACGACGUGGAUGAUAUCUUGGACGAGUUUGCGACUCAAGCUUUGGGGCGUAAGUUGAUCAAACAACAUCAAGCCAGUACAAGUAAGCCUAAAAAAUUUUACUGUGCUUGCUUCACUGGGUCACAUCUAAGUUCAAUCAAGUUUAAUCAUGAGAUGAUGUCCAAGAUUAAAGAGAUUACUGGAAGAUUGGAAGGUUUAGCCACUAGAAAGAGUAACUUGGAGCUAAGGGAGAUCACUUAUCAUGUUGGAAGGCCCAUGACAAUCCCAAGAAGGCAGCCCAGUACUUCCUUGGUGAACGAAGCUAAUGUACUCGGGCGAGACAAAGACAAGAGGGCUAUACUUGAUUUGCUGUUGAGGAACGAUGGCAGUGAUGCUGGGGUUUAUUCUGUGAUUCCCAUCGUUGGCAUGGGAGGGAUUGGAAAAACAACCCUUGCUCAACUUGUUUACAAUGACGACAGCAUAAAAGAUCAUUUUGAUCUUAAAGCAUGGGUUUGUGUUUCUGAUGAAUUUGAUAUCAUCAGCAUAACAAAGACAAUUCUGCUUUCGGAACCCUCCGUGCCAUGUGAUAUGAAUGAUUUGAAUUUGCUUCAAGUCAAAUUAAAGGAGAAGCUAUCGAGAAAGAAAUUCUUGCUUGUUUUGGAUGAUGUUUGGAACGACAACAACCACAAUUGGUUUGCGCUUCGAUCUCCUUUUGAGGCAGGGCAACCGGGAAGCAAAAUAAUUGUGACAACACGUAGUUCCAAAGUUUCAUCAAUUAUGACAAUUGCUGCAGACUACUCGUUGCAAUGCUUAUCGGAAGAAGAUUCUCUCAGAAUGCUUGCUCAUGACGUAUUGGAAAGAGAGGAUUUUACAGAGCAUUCAGACUUGAAAGAGAUCGGCCAGGAGAUCUUGAAGAAGUGUGAUGGUUUGCCUUUGGCAACAAAAACCAUUGGAGGACUAUUGCGCACAACGGUGGAUCGUGAUGCAUGGAAAUUAAUAUUAGAGAGUGAUAUUUGGAAUCGGUGUCAAAAGGAAGGUGACAUAAUUCCAGCUCUAUGGUUGAGUUACUAUUAUCUUCCUUCACAUUUAAAGCAAUGUUUUGCUUUUUGUUCUCUGGUCCCUAAAGAUUAUGAAUUUGGUGAGGAAGAAAUAGUUCGGUUAUGGAUGGCUGAAGGUUUUCUCAAUCGACCAGAAACUAAAAGGCAAAUUGAAGAUUUUGGCAGCCAGUGUUUUGAAGAACUGGUAUCAAGGUCAUUCUUUCAACCAUCUAGCAUGGAUGAAUCUCUGUUUUUAAUGCAUGACCUGAUUAAUGAUCUAGCUCAGUUUGUUGGAGGAGAAAAAUAUUUUAAAAUGGAGAGACAUGAGGAAAUGAAGCGCCCAAGUCUCGCUCGCCACUCCACCUGUAUGAUAGACGAGUAUGACAAUAUCAAAAAGUACGAGUCCCUUUUUGAAGCGAAGUCACUACGGACGUUCUUACCCUUUAGGAUGCUGGGGAUUUAUGAGUUCCUCUUAAGCAAUAACGUUCUUAAUGAUUUACUGCCGAGAUUGAAAUGCUUGAGGGUGCUCUCUUUGAAAAGGUACCGCAUCACUGAAAUACCAGAUUUCAUUGGAAAUUUGAGACAUUUGCGCUAUCUAGAUUUCUCUUAUACUUUCAUAAAAGGUCUCCCAGAUUCAAUAUGCACCCUUUAUAAUUUAGAGACUCUUUUAUUAAGGCAUUGUCUGCGGAUUGAGAAGUUACCCACAAAAAUAGGAAUGUUAGCCAACCUUUGCCAUCUAGAUAUUGCCGGUGCAGAUUCAAUGAAGGAAAUGCCAAGUGGAAUGGGUAACUUAACAAAUCUUCGGGCAUUGUCCAAUUUUAUUGUGGGCCAAGGCGAUGCACUGAAUAUAAGAGAGAUGCAGAAUUUAUCAAAUCUCAAAGGUCAGCUUUCUAUUUCGGGGUUGCAAAAUGUGAAUGAAGCUCAGUAUGCAGGGGAAGCUAAGCUAUCAAGUAAGUCUGACCUCGAUGAUUUAGAGCUGGAGUGGUGUAAAGACUUUGAUGAAAAUUUAAGACAGAAAGAAGUCCAGACAGAUGUUUUGAACUUGCUUCGACCACAUGAAGAGCUUAAAGCGCUUGCCAUCAGGUAUUAUGCUGGAAUAGCUUUCCCAAUUUGGAUAGAAGAUCCUUCAUUUAAAAAUUUGCAAUCAUUAAAGUUUGUAAAUUGUCCAAAUUGCACAUUAUUACCUGCAGUUGGAAAACUACCACUUUUAAAGGAUCUUUAUAUCAGGGAAAUGAAGAGCGUAACUAGUGUUGGCAAUGAGUUCUAUGGAGAGAAUUGGCCAAAUGUGUUUCCAUCAUUAGAGACAUUGCAUUUUGAGGAUAUGCCAGAAUGGAAAGAGUGGAAGGCAUGUGAAGUUGAUGAGCAAGGAAGAAAAUUCCGUUGCCUCCGAGAUCUCCUUAUUGUGGGUUGUCCCAAAUUGAUAGGGCCAUUGCCGGAGCACUUUCCUUCUUUGGGAAAACUUGAGAUUCGUAAUUGCCAAAAUUUGGUAGUUUCAAUUUCAAAUCUUCCAAAGCUAUGUGAAUUAGAAAUUGAUGGGUGUGAAAAAGUAGAGGUUGGGAGUUGUAUGGAUCUUUGGUUGGUAAAAAAAAUCAACCUUUCCAACAUUUCAAAGUUUGCAUGUGUAACAAGGGAAAGGAUGUGGACGUUCGAGUGGAUGAAAGUAGAAGAUCUCAAUGUUAAAGGUUGUGAAGAAUUGGUUUCUAUGUGGCAAACAGAGUGGGGUUGGUUGGUGCCUUUGAGAUCUCUUCGUAAUUUAGGGCUCCAAAAUUGUCCGCAGGUUGCUUCUAUAAGUGCAACGGAGGAGGAGGAAAAGGCAGAGAUUUUGCAAUUAGACAUACACUACAACAUUGAACAUUUGGGAAUAAAAUAUUGUGAAGGCUUCCAGAAGUUAUCGAAAAACCUCACGUGUCUUAGAGAGUUAGAGAUUGUAGGGUGCCCAAAAUUGGUUUCACUUUUGGCGGAUAACUUGCCCUCAACUCUUGAAAGAUUGGUGAUUACGGACUGUGAGAAUUUAGAGUGCUUAUUCGAAGAAGGGGAGAACAUCAAUUUCAGCAGCACAUCUCUCCUUGAAUUUCUUCAAAUUAUUCGAUGUAAAGCUCUCAAAUCAUUAUCAUCAAGCAGUAAGUUACCCGUGGGGCUUAAAAAGCUGCUGAUCUGGGACUGUCCAAAGCUAGAAUUUGUAGCACAGGAAAUUGGGGAUAAUACUUGUCUUGAAUCUGUUGAGAUCUGGAAUUGUAAAAAUAUUCAGUAUUUACCCCAAGGAAUGGACAAGCUUAAAUCUCUGGAGCUUCGUUGGUGUGAAAAACUUAAAUCUCUGCCUAGCCUCAACUCUCUUCAAUACUUGACCAUAUGGAGUUGUCCAAGGGUGACAUCCAUCCCAGAAGGGGGUUUGCCUACCGACCUAACAAGCCUUUACAUCAAUGAACCCAAUUUGUUAAGUCAGUAAUGGAGUGGGGAUUGCAUAGACUCACCUCUAUUAAAGAUCUCCUAAUUGAUGGUGGUAAUUCUGAUGCGGUAAUAUUUCCAGAAAGGGGUUUGCCUACCAACCUAACAAUGCUUAGCAUCUCUGGACCCAAUAUUGUUAAGGCAGUAAUGGAGUGGGGAUUGCAUAGACUCACCUCUCUUACAAUGCUCCGCAUUGAUGGUAGUAAUUGUGUGUCAUUUCCACAAGAGGAGAUCAAGCUGCCCCCUUCUCUCAACUCUAUUUCUAUCUCACACUUCAAAAAUCUAAGGAAGCUAUCCUCCAAAGGCUUUCAGCAUCUUUCCUCUCUUCAACAUUUGCGGAUAGGGAAUUGUCCGAAGCUCAAAUCCCUUCCCAAAAAGCAAGUGCUUCCCUCGCUUUUGGAUCUACAAAUUCUUGAUUGUCCAGUGUUGAAGAAAAGGUGCAAAAGGGAUAAAGGAAAAUAUUGGCCCAACAUCGCUCACAUACCACGUGUUCAAAUUUAAUAGAGAUACAUCUACUACGAAUUAUAAAGAGCAAUGUAAGACCCACAGGUUUUGACCGGAGCUCCUAUCUUAGAAGAGAAUUUCGCAUUUUGUGUUGAUGGAUGUUUGGAUGCGGCCUUGACUUGUUUCCACAAGAGGAGAUAGGAAUUUCUGUGCAAAGGCUUUCAGAAUCUAUCUGUUGAAAAAAUGUAAAUUCUCAGACAUUAAUCUUUUGCAUCUCUUUUCAAAAUGACUAGCCUCUUCAUUUUGUAGAUAAAUAUGGUUGAAUGUUGCUUAAUUGCUGGUCAGAUGAUUCAAACGUGAUAGAAGAGGAACUGAAUCAAGCUUGAUUGCUGAAUGUUGCUUAAUUGCUGGAUGUAAUCUUUUCUACACGAAAUAGGUAUAAUGCAACCCACCUUUUGUUCAUCUCUUUUUGAGAGUUAUGAUUUCUUCAAUUUGUAGCUAAAUAUUGAUGACUGUCCCCUGCGAUCGAUUGAUCAAGAAUCGGAUAGCUUGGGCUCCUUGUGUGAAUAUUGAUUGAUGGACCUUUUGACUUUUACUGCUAUGGUACUUGCCUGAUUUUAAAGUCAAUUGUAUACUAAUUGGGGUGAAAGUGAAAAGAAAGAAAUAAACAUAUUCUGUUUUUACAAAGCUAGUUGUAUUUCAGUAUUAAUCAUUCUCUUUGGUUGCCAAUGCUGCUUAUUUUUUAUAAUUGACUUCUACACCUAAUUUUCAGAUUAUGGAUUUGAAUAGAUUUUUUUACAAUACUAAUGGAGAUUACCAGAUGUAUGGCAAUUUAAGCUAAAGAGCAUUGCAGCUUUUAUUUAUAUCAGUUCUUUUUGUCACCGAUCUCCAAUUUUACUUUUUCUUUGCAAGCAACCAGAUGCAGUGAAGCUUAAUACAAGAAUUAAACCAAGCAUCGAUCCUAGUGGACAUGAAAUCAUAAGUUUCUUGGCAUUAGAGCAUGAGCAGGCUUGAAAUCCAUCCCUUUUCUUCUUUGUAAAAUGGUCAUUGUUUUCACUUGACUCUGCAUGUACUUCAAACUCCUGCAGGAGGUAUUUGUUUCUGCCAUCAUUGAUUGGAUAUGGUAGCAAAAGCAGUAUGACAGUAGCUAUUCCACAAGAAGUUCUACCAAUUAGUCUUUUGUUUCUGUUGUUGCCAAACUCCUCAUGUCAAGUAAGCAUCAAAGAGUGUUACACAAUUUAUUGUGUUCAGUUUUUGAUAGUUACUCCCACACAGUUAACAGAAUGCUGCUGACCAAUUAUUACAGGAUGAGUGAAACUUACUCGAUAUAAUGCUCUCAAGAUUCAGUGGUGGGAACUUGUCUAUUCUGCAUUUCCUCUUCUAAAAAGGAUACUUCCUAACUGGUUUCAUGGUUAAGAUUCAUAGAAGUGUACUUGAAUCCCGCAUCAGAAUUUCACACGAAAAAGAAUAAGCUUUUGGGUUCAACCAUAAUUCUAAAUUGUAUGUUUUGGCUGGCAUUGUUGGAUCUCUUAAUCCUUUCUUCCAAAACAAGUGAUAUUAGAGACUAGAGAGCACCUUGGCAAACAUGGCUGGUGAUGUUGAUUCAAGAAACUCCAAUUCUGAAUACUUGAUGGUGCCUACAAAGCUAUAUGGCUUGAGAACUUGUAUCCUACCAAAAGGAAAAAUGGGUGUUUGUAAGUGGAUGCACAAGGAAUUAAGGGGAUGAGAAAAAGACACCAUCCUUCAAUGAACAACCAGACAUGGUUAUGAUGUCUCCACAAACAGUCCACUUUUGGUGAGAUUGCUCUUGUUGUCCAAGAAAUUUACCUUUUUUUAUGAUAACUUCUUGUAAUGUCAUGCGGUUAAACUAGAAAACACUCAUGUUGUAAUCUCAUUAUUUUGAGUAGUGGUAGAUUGAGUGGACUUGGUCCCGUGGUUUUUUAUACUUUUCAAGGGGUUUUCCACGUAAAAUUUGGUGUCCUGCUUUUUAUGAGUUGAUGAUCAUUUCCUUUUAUUCCUUUGAUAUCUAACGAUUAAUUGUCUUUCCGCAUCCUGCCGUGUUGCCAGCCCCAUUUUUUUGGUUAGUAUCGUUGCCUAGCUGUGACUGAUGAACUUUCCAUCAUGUAUCAGGCAAAAUCAAAAUUUUAAAAGGAAUUUGUUUGGGAUAGACAUGGGCUUUGAUGACCAUUUGAUUGGUUCGCUUUUGGGUAGUAAUGGAAUUGUUGAUUGCUAUAGGCUUUUUGCUGCGUUUUGUGGAUGUCUUAUGCAAAGAAUUAUUGAAAUUAAUUUCAAUUGAUAUUUUAGAAUGUUUU